GCUCGGCGUGCCUGGGAAUUUCGUGUAGCUCCGCCAUGUGGCGCCGACGGCUGGGCCACCUCAGGCCAGUGGUCUGCGGAGUAGAGGAGCUACGGGGCCGCCGGCGGGAGAAGGAAGCAGCACUGCGGAAGGCGCGGAGGGAGCAGCAGCUGGUCAGCAAGAGGCUGCUGAGAGACGACGCCCCGGACGAAUCCGGAGAAGGUUGUGUGGUUGCGAUCCUUGGGGAAGCAGAGGUCCAGCAGUUCCUGAGGCUAGCCCAGCGGGGGACAGAGGAAAAGGACAGAGAGAGGGCUUUAGUCAGCCUUCGUCGAGGCUUGCAGCACCCUGAGACACAGCAAAACUUCAUCCGGCUGGAAGGCAGCAUGCGGACCCUGGUGGGGCUCCUGACCAGUAACCAUGCUCUGCUACAGCUUGAGGCGGCUCGGUGCCUGCAUGAGCUCUCUCAUUCUGAGCAGUCUGCAGUGGCUGAGGCCUGCCUGCCAGCCACUUCUUACCUCCUCACCUACCUCUCCGGUCACAGCUCAGACUUCAUAGAGCUGUGUCUGUAUACACUGGGUAACCUGAUUGUGGAGAGUGAGGCUGUGAGAAGCCAGCUCCUGCCACAGGGCAUUGUUCCAGCCAUGGCUGCCUGCAUCCAGUCCCCCCAUGUGGCUGUGCUGGAAGCCCUUGGAUAUGCUUUGUCGCAGCUUUUACAGGCUAAGGAAGCUCCAGAGAAGAUCAUUCCUCCUGCUUCUGCCAGCAGCUCCAUUCUGGGCUCUACUCUCCCUCAGCACAUGCUGCAGUUGUUGCAACCUGGUCCAAAGUUGAACCCUGGGGUGGCUGUGGAGUUUGCCUGGUGUCUUCACUAUAUCACCUGCAGCCAGGUCAACAAUGCCCUGCUCAUCACCCAUGGGGCACUGUCCACUCUGGGGCUUCUGCUGUUGUACUUGGCUGGGGAUAUCCAGAGAACUGAGGAUGCAGGACUGGAACUGCUGGCAUGCCCUGUGCUUCGGUGUAUAAGCAACCUGCUAACAGAAGCAGUAGUGGAGACUAUGGGAGAGCAAAUGCAACUCAGAGAUGAACGUGUUAUGGCAGCCUUAUUUGUCCUUUUGCAGUUCUUCCUCCAGAAACAGCCCAGCCUGCUCCCUGAGGGCCUCUGGCUCCUCAACAACCUUACUGCAAACAGUCCUAGUUUCUGUACGUCCUUGCUCUCCCUGGAUCUGAUUGAGCCCCUCUUGCAGCUGUUGCCAGUUUCUAAUGUGGUGAGCGUAAUGGUCCUCACAGUUCUGUGCAAUGUUGCAGAGAAAGGUCCUGCUUACUGCCAGCAGCUGUGGCGAGGGCCCCUGCUGCCCUCUUUGUUGAACAUGCUGGCUGUUUCAGACACUGAAGUAGUGGGCCAGAGUUUGGAGCUGCUGCACCUGCUCUUCCUUUAUCAGCCAGAGGCUGUUCAGGCCUUUCUGCAGCAAUCAGGGCUGAAGGCCCUGGAAAGGCAUCAGGAGGUGGCCCAGCUCCAAGAUCGUGUGCAUGCUCUGUGGCAGACAGCUCUUCAUGGGUGACCUGGCUUCUGAAUUUAUUCUGCUCCUCUUGGCUCCCAUUUCUUUGCCUACUUUCUCUUAGGAGGAGAGCCUUCUGGAGUUUUAGGACCAUAAUUAGGUCUCAUGCUCUCCCAUACCAAAAGCCAAGAUUGUCAGACCCCAGCUCUUCCUCUUUAACUCAUCACUGUUCAGGCAAGGAGGACCAGAAGGGAUUCAUUGACCUUAUUCUGGGGCCCUGGAACCCCACCCCUUACUUUUUUCCCUUCACUAGAGGUAGCUUUUGAUGAGACAGAAUAAAGUUUUAUUUUUAUAUUAAACUGCUUUGCCUCAGUGGUUGCACAUUAAGGGGUCAGGGGUAGAAUGAGGACAAGUACACCC